AUCGCUCACACCUCUCUCUCUCUCUCUCUCUCUCUCUCUCUCUCUCCCGCUCCCUCCCCCCCGCCAAAGCUAUGGCGGUUUCUGCUUCUUUCUUUGUAGCAAACCAUUCUUUCCCUCCAUUCUUGAAGGCUCCUAGAAUAUCAAACCCUUGUUCCACAAAACUGUUUUUCUUAAGAGCAUCUGUCAGUAACUCAGAAGAUUGUGAGGAAAGUAAAGUGGUGAAGAAAGCAGAAGAUGGCUGGAAAAUUGAUUUCUCAUCAGGAGAAAAACCAUCCACACCGUUACUGGACACAAUCGAUUACCCUUUUCACAUGGACAACUUGUCCACACAGGAUCUUGAACAAUUAGCAUCAGAAUUGAGAGCAGAUAUUGUGUAUAGUGUAGCAAAGACAGGAGGGCAUCUUAGUUCAAGCUUAGGAGUAGUGGAGUUAUCAGUGGCGCUGCAUCAUGUGUUCAACACCCCUGAAGACAAAAUCAUAUGGGAUGUUGGUCAUCAGGCAUAUCCACAUAAAAUUCUAACAGGAAGAAGGUCUAGAAUGCAUACCAUAAGGAAAACUUCAGGGCUCGCGGGAUUUCCUAAAAGGGAUGAAAGUGUUUAUGAUGCUUUCGGUGCAGGACAUAGUUCUACAAGCAUCUCUGCUGGUCUCGGUAUGGCAGUUGCAAGAGACCUCUUAGGGAAGAGCAACCAUGUCAUUUCUGUAAUUGGAGAUGGAGCUAUGACAGCAGGACAAGCAUAUGAGGCCAUGAACAAUGCAGGAUUCCUUGAUUCUAAUCUAAUCGUUAUAUUGAAUGACAAUAAGCAAGUAUCUUUACCCACUGCCACUCUUGAUGGCCCUGCAACCCCAGUUGGAGCCCUUAGUAGUACUUUGACCAAGCUCCAAGCAAGCGCCAAAUUUCGAAAACUUCAUGAAGCUGCCAAAGGUAUCACAAAGCAAAUUGAUGGGCAAACACAUCAAGUUGCUGCAAAGGUAGAUGAGUAUGCUAGAGGAAUGAUCAGUUCUUCUGGCUCUACUCUAUUUGAGGAAUUAGGAUUAUAUUAUAUUGGUCCAGUGGAUGGGCACAGCAUCGAAGACUUGGUGACCAUAUUUCAAAAUGUGAAAGCAAUGCCUGCCCCAGGACCAGUUCUGAUUCAUAUUAUUACAGAGAAAGGAAAGGGCUAUCCUCCAGCCGAGGCAGCAGCUGAUAAGAUGCAUGGAGUAGUCAAAUUUGAUGUAAAAUCAGGCCAGCAGUUUAAGCUGAAAUCCUCAACACUUUCAUAUACACAGUACUUUGCUGAAUCUCUGAUCAAAGAAGCUGAGGUAGACAACAAGAUCGUAGCCAUUCAUGCAGCAAUGGGUGGUGGGACAGGUCUCAAUUAUUUCCAGAAGAGGUUUCCAGAUCGCUGCUUUGAUGUGGGGAUUGCUGAGCAGCAUGCCGUUACAUUUGCAGCUGGUUUAGCCACCGAGGGUCUCAAGCCCUUCUGUGCCAUCUACUCAUCAUUCCUGCAACGAGGAUAUGAUCAGGUGGUACAUGAUGUAGAUCUUCAAAAGUUACCAGUACGCUUUGCCAUGGAUCGAGCUGGUUUGGUUGGAGCAGAUGGACCCACCCAUUGUGGAGCAUUUGAUAUCACAUAUAUGGCUUGCUUACCCAACAUGGUGGUCAUGGCUCCAUCUGACGAAGCUGAGCUGAUGCACAUGGUUGCAACAGCAGCAGCCAUAGAUGACAGACCCAGCUGCUUCAGGUUCCCAAGGGGCAAUGGGAUUGGAACAGUUCUUCCUCCGAACAACAAAGGAAUCGCUCUGGAGAUUGGAAAAGGAAGAAUACUGAUGGAAGGCAAUAGAGUUGCAAUAAUGGGAUAUGGUUCUAUAGUUCAACAAUGUGCAGAAGCUGCAAGCAUGCUUAGAACCCAAGACAUUUCUGUGACGGUAGCUGAUGCAAGAUUUUGCAAACCUCUGGAUACGAAUCUUAUCAGGCAAUUGGCUAAAGAGCAUGAGAUCCUAAUUACUGUGGAAGAAGGUUCUAUAGGAGGUUUUGGCUCCCAUGUAUCUCACUUCUUGAGUUCAACUGGUAUUCUUGACGGACCACUCAAGUUGAGAGCAAUGGUUCUUCCUGAUAGAUACAUUGACCAUGGAUCACCUCAAGAUCAGAUUCAAGAAGCAGGGCUCACCUCAAAUCAUAUCACAGCAACAGUCUUAUCUAUGUUGGGAAAGCCAAAAGAAGCUCUUCAUGAGUUCAAAUGAACAAAAAUGGAACCUGUAGGUGGUGAAAGUGGUACAGAUUAUUGGGGAGAGGGAUCUUUGUAAGAAUCCAACUUCAGAAUUUUGAAGUUUGGGACAUCAAAUUACCGAAGUGUUAGGACUCUCUAAAUUCCUCAUGUCCCAUGCCAUGAAUACAAAGAAUCCCCGAUAUUGGGGACACGGGAUUCACAAGUCAA